AUGGAAACAGUGAGAACUGUCCUACCCCUUGUAGUCGGUUCUUACGGCUUGACCCUAAGCUCAUACUUAAUUUACGAAAAUUGGAAAAAGGGAAAAUGGGAAAAAACAAAUGGUUAUAUUGAAAAUGUUACACUGAAAUGUUCAAGGAACUUUUUUCAAGGUGCAUAUUAUUUAAAUAUAAAAUAUUAUUUUUAUGUAAAUAAUGAAAUAGUUCAAAGUAAUAAAGAGUAUAAAAUUUAUGUUAGUAUAUCCCGAAACAAUAAACAGUGCAAAAAUGUUGAAGUAAAUGAAUAUACACAAAAUAUUUUUGAUCAAGCAAGUAAGGAAAAAGAUAUUUCCAUUUCCUACGAUCCAUACAAUAUUAAACAUUCUGAACCGUUAAUAUAUAUUUAUGAAAAUGAUGUUAUCUCAAAAUAUAAAUUACUUAAUAAACUUAAAAGUUGGCUAGUUGGUAUAAAAAAGAAAUUGAGUAAUUUAACGGGUUUAAGUAGACCAACUGGAAACAAUUUUUUAAACAAAGAGAAACAAAAUAAGUUGGAAUUAGACCAAAAUAAAGAAGCUAAAAAAGAAAAUGUUGAUAUGCAUAAUGACCCAGAGAAUUUAGAACAUAUACAUAAAAAUUGUGCGCCUUCAAAAAAUAAUAAAAAAUUAUUAAGUUCAUAUGAUAUUAAUAAUUUGUUUCCUAUUUAUAUGUUUUCAUGUAGCUUGUUUUUAUUUUUGUCUUUUUUGCUGAAAAAAAGAAUUUAUUUUGUAAGGAGAGAAUUAUCACAAAAAAAAAAAAAAAAAUAUUAA